AUGGGAGGAAUUGUUCAUCUAACCUUUAUUCAUGACAAGGAGGAUAUUCGAUGGUUGAAUGCGGCGAAUGCAGCCAGGCACCGCCACUCGAUCUUCACAGAUGUUGAACGUCGAGACAUGACCCUUGAGCUCAUCUCCUCUGUACCCGAUCAGAAUCCCGACCAGGCAAUCGUCGAUCUAGAAAUAUUCGACUCAGAUAUCAAUUGCUCGAAACCGUUCUCGCUUUUUCGGGGACCCUUUGGUGCUUUCAGAUGCCCAGAAUCACUCCCGCUUGAGCCGUUAACUUUUGGUACAGACGAUACUCAGCCCUCCUCGGGUGACUGGUUCGAGCAGCUCGAGGAGCUGCAAAGAGAGGAAGACUUGAACCAGACCCCGUUCAGUCCAGAUGCCCUAGAUGCAGAUUACGGUAACGAUGUAAUGCUAGCAGGGCCGAGUCAAGAGCCACUUCAGAGCAUUGGGAUGGACUUCCACGAACCGAGUCUACAAGCAGAACUCAAUCCCUACUUAUCCGUGGGCAAUAUCGAGGGCUGGAAUCUCCUAUCCCAUUACAAAGACAGAAUCGUGCCGUUGAUCUCUCCUUUGUGCCUUGGAAAAGAGACACCUUGGAUGAGCCUGGUAAUACCAUGCGCAAUGGAAACUUUGGCAGACCUCAUGCUAAAUGGGUCUCCCAAUCAUGCACGGCUUGCCCUAUUAAAUGCCGUAUGGAGCACAAGUGCCUUUCACUUGGGAAAUAAUUCAAUGGCUUACGUUCAGCAAUGGACGUUAUCGGCAGCGAGAUACUUAGCACGGGCUCAAUACCACUUCCAACGAUGUAUGGAAGAAAGCUGUAUCUCGGCGGCGAAAAUGAGCAAAUAUAAGGAGAUUUUGAUGGCAAUGCUGAGUCUUUCUAAUGCUUUUAUGAUAAAAGGGGACCCGGAAAUGCGACAUGCCUAUCUCGUCCAAACCGAGAAACUCAUUUGCAUCAAGGGACUCAGUCAGCCGGCGCUAUCAGCCAACAAGAGAGCAUUGCACCACUGUUAUGCUUACAUGCGCAUUAUGGCCGAGACAACAUGCAUUGCUGAUAGAUUCAGCAUCAAUCAGACUUUGAACGACAACACAACAUAUGGAGGGGGCUUUCGUAUCUACCCCAAUUUAGUCUUUUCCACAACCACAAUGAGCAUGGAAAAGGACCCGAGGAUAGCCCAGCAUGACCUCCACCUUGCGAUACCCGGCCGAUGGAGCUCAACGCUGUUUCCCACUCUAUACGGAAUCGAUGAGAUAUUCCUCAUGUUACUGUCCCAAGUGAUUCGCCUUGCCAACGAGCGAGACCUGUCGAUGAUGUCUGAUGCAGGACAAAGUAGGCUCAGUCUCAAGGAAUUUUGGACUCGGGCAAAGGGUCUGGAAAGGGCUAUCGACCAUUUGCUACCGACUGCAAACCCAAGCUAUGCUCAGCCUUAUAAUGGAGCUCUCCCAGUGGUCAUGACUGCGACAGCUCAUGCGAUGUACACGGCAUUAUCUAUUUUCUUUCAACGCCGAAUAUACGAAAUUGAUCCUGCAAUGCUUCAGCGCAAUGUCAAUGCGAUUAGGGGCUAUCUAAUCCAAAUCCAACAGGAGGAAAUUGAUCAGAAGAGUAGUCAUAAUGCUGCUCUGAUAUGGCCGGCUUUCAUCACUGCUUGUGAGGCUGUUAGUCCUGAGUUACAGGUGUUUUUCUCGUCAUGGUUUGAUAAUUGCGCUCGGACAACAACCUUAGUUCAUGCAUCGGUGGCUAAACAGAUAUUUGAGACGAUAUGGACCAAAAGGGACGAGGUGAGCUUGUCUGGAGGAACAUUUAGCUGGCCCGAUAUUUUGCGAGAUGGGGAUAUCAAAUUUAUGUGCAUAUGA